UUAAUUUUGGCAUGGGGAGGAAAAAGUUUACUACAGAAAGGCCCAAGAAGGUUCUUUUCUGCAUCAACAAAACCAGCUCCUGGACUUUGAUAUCAAUAUCAUGCCAUAACUACUGCUGUUGAAGCUCUGCUUUCUGACUUCCUUGCUGUUGUUUCUAUUUCCAAGCUGUGUAAAUAUAUUUAUCAUAUAUAGUAGUACCAUACUUCAUUUGCUUAAACUCGUGUCGUGUUCGCAUAUUGGAUCCUUUCAUCUUGUCGUUUUGAUGUCUACACCGUUGGAACAUGAUUACAUAGGCUUGGGAGAGACUCCAUCAAUGGAUGGAAGCUCUUCUUCUGCUGUCACUGCCUCUGAGACUUCAUCUCUAAACUUCAAAGAGACAGAGCUUAGGCUUGGGCUUCCUGGUACUGAGUCUCCUGAGAGAAAAACAGGUUGUGGGCUCUCUCUCUUUGGCAAGGAUUUGCAGAAGAAGCAUAAUGUUUGUUCAGUGGCAAGCCCUCUGAAGAACCUUGUGGCUGGAGCUAAGAGGGGCUUCUCUGAUGCUAUUGAUGGGUCUUCUGGGAAAUGGGGUUUCUCUGUCAGUGAUGGAUCUGACGUUGAUUUGGGAAAAGGACCUGCUUUGUUCUCUCCUAGAGGAGGGAAUGUUGCUAAGCCUCUUGUUGGUUUAGACACUAAAACGCAGCCUAAUAAUACCACUGCAACAACAACCAUCAAAGAGGUUGGUGUCGUUCCUCAAUCUGCCAAACCGGUUCAGGAAAAGAAUAAUCAAGUUGCUGGAACAAAUGGGCAUGCCAGUGCUCCUGCGUCAAAGGCACAGGUUGUGGGAUGGCCACCAAUUCGAUCUUUCAGAAAGAACACGAUGGCCUCUAAUUUGACAAAGAACAAUGAAGAAGCUGAGGGAAAAACAGGGUUUGGUUGUCUCUAUGUAAAAGUCAGCAUGGAUGGUGCCCCUUAUCUUAGAAAGGUUGAUCUCAAAACCUACAACAACUAUAUGGAACUUUCUUCAGCUCUCGAGAAGAUGUUCCGCUGCUUUACCAUUGGUCAAUGCAAUUCUCCUGGGCUUCCUGGGAAAGAUGGACUAAGUGAGAGUUCUUUGAGGGAUCUUCUCCAUGGAUCUGAAUAUGUUCUUACAUAUGAAGAUAAAGAUGGUGAUUGGAUGCUUGUGGGGGAUGUUCCUUGGGAGAUGUUCACUGACUCGUGUAGGAGACUGAGGAUCAUGAAAGGCUCUGAGGCAAUUGGGCUAGCUCCAAGGGCCAUGGAAAAAUCGAGGAGCCAAACCUAGUGCUAAAGCGGGGUAUUCACUGAAGCAUAUAAGAUUUACAAGGGAGUUUGAGUUUAUGGUUCUGUUCCAAAUCAAGAAUAUAUGUAAUUCAGUGUCUCAUUUUAUGUGCAUUAUAGUCUGACAAGUGUUUAUCAGUAGAAUUUAACUGGAAACAUCCGGACAAUAUAUACACAUAUUUUGUUUGUUUCUCUAUUUUGUGUCUCUAUGGAUUCUUGUUGCUGUAUAAAAAACUUGUUGUGCCUUUUCUUAAUUAAUUUUUUCAUGUAUUUGUACUUGAUAUAUAUACUGAACAUUUUGUAAUUUGAUAUUAAAGUGUUAAUAACAAUAUCUCUUUGGC